AUGUGCAGUGUCAUGUCCAUGAUUCUCCUGUUUUGUCCGAAACCUCCCGUGACGCACAAAAUAGGUGUUGCGAAGUCCGUGUACAUAAUUGUGGAGGCGUGGAAAGCCCUCGCCGAGGGGCAACCCUUUGACGCUAUCGGCUUCCACUGCGGAUCAGCACUCCUGACCGAUACGGUGAAGAGUUCGUUGUUGACCUUGAGGUCUUCAGCAACUGCAACAGAUGAGCGUUUGACGCCGCUUGAACGAACCAUCGAGGAUGCUGAGCAGGCUGAGGUUGCCUUUACAGGCUCUAAGUUGCUUCUCCGACGGGCUGGCUCCUCCGAAUAUGAUCACCAUCUGGGCGUUUUCAUUAGGCACCACCCGGUUCGUGCUUUGGGGCACGUUUCGGCCCUUCUCGGUUACCUCGGCCUUAAACACUACCUUGUCUAUGAGUUCCUUGAAGUGCGCCGCUUUGAUUACUGGCGCUUGCGUGCAGGUUCCGACGACGCAGUGGUCGGUAGUGGCUGGGUUGAGGUCGUGGAAGGCAAAAUCGACCUCCUGCUCCUUGUUCAGCGUGUUCCAGAGCUUAUCGCUGAUUUCCGAACUCCAGAUCCCGUGUAUCACCUGCCUGCUCUCCUCCGUAUUGAUCGUCUGUUCGUGCGACACCGUCAUAUUCGAGUACUCCGGCAUUGA